AUGAACACCGAGGAGCAGUAUUAUGCCUCGGCGCAGCUCUACAAGGAGCCGUGUGCUUUUCAGAGAGCCCAGGCGCAGGAUUACAGCUCCAGCCCCCCCGCCUGCCUGUACAUGGGCAGGCAGCAGCAGAGCCCUUACCCCAGCGGCUUAGGGGCUCUCGAGCAAGGCAGCCCGCCAGACAUUGCACCUUACGAGGUGCCCCCCAUCACAGAGGAUGCCGGAGUCUGCCACCUUCAUCACCACCAUCACCACCACCCUCACCUUCCUCUUCCCCACCAGGACGAGCUGCCUUUCGCAGACGGGGCGGACACCGGGGCGAUAGAGGAGCCCCGAGUGCAGGUGCCUUUCGCCUGGAUGAAGUCCACCAAAUCGCACGCCUGGAAGGGACAGUGGGCCGGGGGGUCCUACGUGGUGGAGCAGGAGGAGAAUAAGAGGACGAGGACGGCGUACACCCGGGCGCAGCUGUUGGAGCUGGAGAAGGAGUUUCUCUUCAACAAGUACAUCUCCAGGCCUCGGCGGGUGGAGUUGGCUGUCAUGUUGAACUUGACCGAGAGGCACAUCAAGAUCUGGUUCCAGAACCGGCGGAUGAAGUGGAAGAAGGAAGAGGACAAAAAGCGAGGGGCGAGCAACAGCAAUGACCCCGAGCAAGACUGUGCAGUGUCCUCCGGGGAGCUGCAAGGCAAGGAGGAUCUACAGCCGUGUCCCCCCGGGAACCUGCCCUCGGGGGCCUCCAGGGACCUGCUCGCCCCUCGAAGACAGCAGGACUCUCGGUGAGCCGCGGGGAGACCCGGGAUACGGGAGAGAGCCAGGAGAUCCCCGCGGCCGGCUCUCGCCGCCUUCCCCGGGACACUCGGCGCCUCCACUCCGAAACUCCCGUUCUGCGGGAAAAAAACUGAGAAGUGUUCGACUGUGGCGAAAAGAGAGGCGCGCUGCGCGCCGGAGGAGGUCUCGGGGAGCUGCCGGGACUGCGGCGAGCCCGGCAUCGUUCCCCUCGGCACCCUCGAGGCAGCAUCCCCCGGGGAAGGGGCAUUCCAGGCGGCGUGUGCUACCCUGGGUGAACUGGGAGGACUGGAAACAGAAGGAGAAGAACUCUCAGCGCCACCCACUCGGGGCGCGGGUCCUCCCGCACCAGCGCAGAGCUGGGCAUCCCAGACUUUCCCAGGGAUGGCAUCCCGCCGUCCUUCUCCCUUCCAGAGACCCCGGGGCAUCGUCUCCACCGAGG